AUUCUUCCAAUCAAGAGUCUGAGAUUCUAGAAUUUUCUCCAUAAAUUUCCUCAAAUGUUAAGGCAGAAGACAAGGCUGGACGAGACCCACUGACAACCCCCUUUCGUACAAAUAAUAUUCUGUUCCCAUUGGCCGAUGACGACAUAGAACGGGGCCUGUGGCUUCGGCAGACCUCGUGUGGCUUGAUAUCGACGGCUUGGCGCGGACUGUAAGAGAUUGGCCGUUCCUGGCGGUGACAAAGAUUCAUUCCCCUCUCCGCCGAGUGCUUUUGCUGCUCGAAUACCGGGACGGACGUGGACAUGCCAAGAGACUUUUUGUCCAUAAGCUACAUAAGCUAGGGAAGACGGGGUUGAGGCAACUAAACAAGAGGGACCUACAUCGAAGUAUAAGAUACCCUACAUACCACGGGAAGAUCUACCUCAAUCAAUAUCAGUUCAUCAGUUCAUCUCUCCAGAUCCGAGAAAAGAAAGAUAAGGAACCCCCCCCCCCCCCCCCCCCCCCCCCCAAAAACCCAACAACAACACAGCAACAGCAACAGCAACAGCACAACAACAACGAAGAAGGCAUAAUGUCGGCCCCAGAGAUCGAGACAAGAUUGUUCAUCAAUGGCAAAUUCCAGAAGGCUUCCUCUGGUGAAACUUUCCCGCUUAAGUCCCCCGCGACUCUAGCCGUCGUUGCUGAAGUGGCCGAAGCCAGCGUGGAGGACACCAAUGCUGCAGUCGCCGCGGCGAAGGCAGCCCAGCCCAGCUGGGCCGCUCUCUCACCUGAGGAGCGUGGCUCCUACAUGAAGAAGUUAGCUGGCUUGAUCCGCGAAAACUUUCAAGACCUUGCCUAUCUCGAGGCUAUCUCCAUGGGGAGACCGGUCAGCACUUACUGGGACGCUUGGGUCGCUGCGUCGAACUUCGACCACUUUGCUGAGGCCGGUUACAGUAUUCAGGGGUCUUCUAGCUUGAACACCCCUGGCUUUGUGAACAUGUCCCUAAAGCAGCCAUUUGGUGUCGUUGCUGCUAUUAUUCCCUGGAACAUCCCACUUUAUUUCUUCUCUUCCAAAGUCGCCCCUGCUAUUGCAGGAGGCAAUACGGUUGUGCUGAAGAGCAGUGAGAAGGCGCCUCUGACCUCUGCCAAGAUGGCAACCUUGGUUGAGAAGGCGGGCUUUCCCCCAGGAGUCAUCAACGUGCUCUCUGGACACGGCCAUAUUUCAGGAUCUACUCUCUCAUCUCACAACGAUGUUCGUGCUCUCUCAUUCACCGGAUCCACCCGCACUGGUCGCAUGAUCCAGAAAGCCGCUGCCGACUCUAACUUGAAGAAUGUUCUGCUUGAGCUUGGAGGAAAAUCCCCCGCUAUUAUCUUCAGCGACGCAGACAUUGAAUUAGCUGCCGCCGAGACCAAGAACAGCAUCCAAUGGAACAGUGGGCAGUCAUGCAUGGGCAAUUCCCGAGUCUACGUUCAAGAAAGCAUUGCGGAGCCUUUCAUCGCUCUCUUCAAGAAGCACUUCGAGUCAGUCAGCUUUGGUGACCCAACCGACCCAAAUACCAACCACGGCCCCGUUGCCGACGAACUGCAGUUCAAGAUCGUCAACAGCUACAUCGAAGCAGGAAAGCAAUCAGGGACCCUUAUCACAGGAGGCCAAAGCCCCCCCAACGCUCAAGGCUACGUAAUCAAGCCCACAAUCUUCAGCAACGUCCCCGAGGACGCGAAGAUCACAAAGGAAGAAAUCUUUGGCCCUGUCGUCGUCAUCAAUACCUUCAAGACGGAAGAGGAGAUCCUGAAGAAGGCCAACGAUACCGAUUACGGAUUGUACGCUGCCGUCUACACGAAAGAUAUCAACCGCGCCAUGCGGUUCGCCAAGGGACUGGAGGCAGGCACAGUAGGCGUCAAUUGCACAUCUCCAACAGUACCUCACGACUUGCCAUUCGGUGGAUGGAAGACCAGCGGUGUAGGCAGAGAGGGCUAUCUCACUAGCAUCGACAAUUUCCUCGAGACCAAGACGGUCUUGAUCAAGGUUGCUGCGUAGGUAGUGAGUUUCUUUUGAUAUGUAAUGUAGUCAAAUGGCUGUCAUGAAAAUAAUCAAUUCACGUUCACGUUUCCUGAGAUUCUACACACCCACGUGAAUAUACCUUGAAUUGAAUCAUGUUGCAGUCUCAAGGUUUCGAUUGCAAGAUCGGAAUAGUAAGCUGUACGGUAGGUUUCUGUUCGCAAGCUGCACUCCUAACUGCGCUGCACGUAUGUCGGGAAUCGAGGCAGGCGGUCGAGGCAUUUCAUCUUCUUUCCUUCGGAUCAUUUCAAGACGAGAUGAGGGCGUAGAGAAAGUCGAUUCGUGAUCAAGUACACGGUUUAGAAUGGAGAGAAAUAGCUGGGUCUAGAUGCCAACUCAAUUUUGACACCGUCGGCACAAGUCUGCAUCCUGGACGCAUGCAGUGUUCAGACGGAACCGGACGGGCUUGAAUGAAAGCAUCGUAGGUUUUUAUUUGAGGCGGCGGAGGCCUCCAGUAGGCCAGAGCUACCAGGCCGAACCAUGAGAUAUCACCGGGAACGGUUGCAAGAAAAGUCUAGAUGCUCCGAAAAGUCCCCUGUAGUUUGCCUGUCUCGGACUCUGUGCUACCUCCCCCUCGGCGAUCUGUUCCGCCAAGCCUUCUCGUAAAGUUCUCCGGUGCAAGGACCAACAAUCCAAUCAGCAGUCUUAGAUAUAAGGAAUUCUACUAGUCUGAGUAAAGCUUCCCUCGUUCUUGACGGAACAAUUACCCCUGAUACGAAGCAUGUCCUGUUCAGUGGGUGAAAGCUUGUAUGUUUGCAGGAGGCAGCGGAUAGAGUUUCUGGCCUACUAUCCCCCCUCCCCUCUAAAUGAAUGUUAACGUAGAUAACAAUUGUAUCCGCAGGUAGUAGUGCCAAGUGCGGACAAUUCGAACUGGUUGCCUUGCUGAUCCUAUCGCCGGGCAAACUGGAGGUCAGCGAUCGAUGUCUAACAUAUUCUACGGCCACGGACCAAGUUCCUAACCAUUGUUGUCUUCCCGGGCGUUUGAUGUCGUUGGGAGGUUGGUUUUGCUUGUUGCGGAGUUGAUGUAGUGCGAAAGCUCGGUGCUUCUGCUGCUGCUGAGAUUUAGAAUCUCGAUCAACGCCUUUGGCUAUAACGGAAUUUAAGGUUGGCUGUGAAGGAGAGUUGUGGAGGAGACAGUUGUAGAGGUGUCGAAGAAAAGUGGACUCGACUUGGCGCCAAACGCGUCAGAGGCGUCGAAUCAACUCCGCAGAUCUCCAAACUCCAGAAAUGAGGUAUUUGGGUCUUUUGGGAUUGGUACAAUAUCUGCGACGCGAAUCUGGAGUUGUGGUGGAGGUUGACAAUUGUUU